AUAAACUAGUAUUAUAUCUUAAUGAGAUCUUUAUUCGAUAUGUUUCUUUUUUAACAAUGAGCAAUAAAAGAGAGAGUACUAAUUGUCAAAAUUCUUUAUCAUCCAAACAAAUAAAACCUAAUGAAUGUGCUGAAAAUCCAGGACCGUCGACAAAAAAGACUAAUGUACGACUUAAUACUCUUCUUGUUAGUCCAAAACAAAAAGGGAAUCCUUUGUUGAAAUUUAUAAUCAAUAUACCUUGGGAAUAUUCUGAGAUUGUACCAGAUUAUGUGAUGGGAAAGACUACAUGUGCUCUUUUUUUAUCGAUAAGAUAUCAUCAAUUAAAUCCAGAUUACAUUCAUGAUCGUUUGAAAUUAUUAGGCAAUGCGUACAACCUUCGAGUACUUUUGGUUCAGGUAGAUGUUGCUGAUCCACAUCAUGCAUUAAAACAUUUGACACGGAUAUGUAUACUUGCUGAUUUAACGUUAAUGUUAGCUUGGAACGCAGAGGAUGCAGGAAAGAUUAUAGAAACUUAUAAAAUUUAUGAGAACAAACCACCUGAUAUAAUAAUGGAUCGCAGCGGAACAGCUCCUUAUCAAAAAGUAUAUAUAGAUUGGUGGUUUUUUUUUGUUGUUGUCUUAAUAUAUUGUAUUUUACAUACUAGAAUACAAUACAAUACAAACAUACUUAUUUUCUCUAUAUUUUUGUUUUUACAGUUGAUUAACGCUUUUACUACGGUUAGGUCUGUUAACAAGACAGAUGCAACUACACUUUUGUCAACAUUUGGCACAUUGAAAGAUAUAGCUAAUGCAUCAACUGAUACCUUAGCUUUAUGUCCUGGAUUUAGUUUUUUAAAAGCAGAACGACUACAUAAAGUAUUGCAUGAGCCAUUUUUACAAAUGGAAAAAUCAGAAAAAUAACGUUUAAUACAUAUUUAUUAAGAAUAUUUAUUAUUUCUAUUAAUAUAAGUGUUUUUAUAUGUUAGAUGAUAUUUUUUCAUAAAUUAGCAAGAUAUUGUUAAAAAUAAAUGAAUGUGAUCCAAAAUUAUGUGUAAGAUUUAUUUAAGAACACAUGUAUGUGGAUAUAGUUUUACAAAAAUAAUCACUGAAAGAAAUCAAAUAAAAAUUUACCUGAAUCUUACAGAAUUAUUGUUACCAUUAUUCUUCCAAAUAUUCGAUAUUACCAAUAAAUUAUAGAAUACACUAGAACAUCCAGCAUUCGAAUAUUAUAAUAAUUGAACGUUCUACUUGAUUCUAUUAUUCAAACAGUAUGUCUUUUAGCAACAAGUGUCUUACUCUGCCACGUAGUACACGUAAAAUGAUACAAUGUACGUUUUAUCUUUGAUCAAACGAAUUUUGACAAUAAAAAAAUAAUAUAAAGAUAACAAUACACGACAUGACUAUAGCAAUUAAAUGGAAACGAAUAAAAUUUAACAUCCGAAACGUGAUCAUGCGUUAUCUGAAAAUCCCAUUAUUCGAACAUUUUUGUCUUCCUAUUAAUUCGUAUACGAGAAAUUCUAUUGUAAAAAUUAUGGCGCUAGGAAAUAAAAAGCAAUUAAAAUAAAAAUUAAUAAAUUCGAAUAGAAAGGAA